AUGCUGUCUCACGCCAGGAUCAUCUUCCGCAAGCUUCGUGGCAUUGGCAGCCGUGGUAGCCGUGGCAGCGAGCCCGCGCCAUCAGUGCCGGCCACGACAGCAGAGAGCGAAACUGUUAACCCAUCCCCUCGUGCCAUCCAUAUCAGCGACGUGGAGCGGUCACCCACCAAGCUACCCCGCAAGCCUUGGUCCGAUGCACAGUCCAUGACCAUUAUCGUUGUGAAUGCUAAAGGCGCUGCCGACUGCUCGAAGUUUUACCACCUACUCCAGAGAGAGACGGGUUGGGGCUUUCUCGACCCUACAGACGACGGCAACACAGAUUACCUUUGCGACGGUUACACCUACAAUGUCUGCUUUAGUCCACCGCCCAGCGACUCGAGGCCUAUGUCAGCUUUGCUCUGCCUCUUUCAGCAUAUCGGCCUCAUCUUCACAUAUGACGCUUCAUCAAGGGAAUCAUGGGACGAAAUGGUCACUGCCUAUGAGAGGAUGCGCAGCCGCUGCAAAGAUAGGGCCCUCCCCUUUCUUGCGACAAUGAUCGCCGCCAUGGAUGAAGGCGAAGGUGAAGCUGCCGUGUCGCACGCAGAAGCCGAGGCGUUUGCAACCCAGCGGAACUGUCGCUUUGUCAAGUUCUCGCCCAGAACUGGGCGCGGCACUUGUGAUGCGGUCGGCUCGCUCGUUGAGCUGGCGCACGGCGCUCGUGAUCAAUAUACUAAGGGUCAGGCGGGUGAUGCCCAGAGGUACAAGAGGGCGAAUGCAAUCGAGGCAUUAUUUUCCAGCCAGGGAUGA